AUGUGGAAAGUACGUUUUUGGUUUCUUGUUUUUCUAUUAUUGACGAAUAUUCGAUCGUCGAUGAGUAACAAUAUUCAAAAGACAUCCUAUCGAGAACAAAUAACAACGAUCCCAGACACUGAAUACGAACAAGUCAUCGCUGAACGUUAUCUUUUUGCUUCAUUUGCAAAUGAAUCAACUGCUUGGUCUAUACUGAAAAAUAUCAACUAUGUAUGGCAAGUCAUUUCAUUACCACAAUAUCAUUCUCAAGCUUCUGAAGGAGUUUGGCUUCUAUCUGAAGUGAUGAACAAAAAUGAUGAACUACAUUCAUCGUCUAGUCAAUUUCAAAUGUCCUGGAUGUCAUUGUCUGCCAAUGGUGCUCUAGUAGUUUUACCCGAGAUUAAUGUAAAAAAUAAUAACAGUCUUUUGGUUUCAUCCCAUAAUGAAAUGACUGCUUCGUCUUAUUCAGCUGCCCUUAUCACGCCAGAUGAUGUACAACUAAUGUUAUGUAAUCAAUCAGACGCUACUGCCUGUAGAAUCGUACAGACCAUUUCGUUUCCUUCUGUUCUUUUUCAUACCACUAAAAUCAACGAUGGGUUAUUUGUAGAAGAUUUGGGACUUGCCGGAUGGUUGUAUAUUGCUAGCGAUUCAGGUUUACAUGGAUUGGAUCUUUUGACACUGUCGAUUAGUCCCUACCUUCAUGGAAUAAACGUGUCUGUCUCAUCUUUAGCACGGAGUUCACAACGACGGACAAUAUUUGUUGGUAGUGAAACAACACUUUGGAUUCAACAAUAUGAUGAUGGUAAUGAAGGAUGGCGUUUUGAACAUAUUAAUGCAUUUAUAGAUGCACCGAUUACUUCAUUAGUAUAUAAUGAUGUACAAGAUAAAUUAUGGAUCGGACAAAGUACAGGAAUAACUCUACUGUCGCCAAUAGUUAUGUCAAUGGGACGUCUUCAUUGGUAUUUCUCUAGAUUAGCAGGACAAAUUUCUAAUCCUGGAUCCGAUAUAGGACAUUUGCCAUUUGCAAAUAUAACUACAUUGAGUGUUAGUCAUUCGAAAUUAUCUGAGAGUCGUGUAUGGAUCGGCGGUGUUCAUGGUGUAAUGCGGUUCGAUUCAAACACAAGCGAUUUGAAUGCAUGGCGUGUCUUUAACAGUGCUAGAUAUAUGCCAAAUCGAGAGUCGCAAGUCAAUGUGUCUUCAUUAGCUAUACUGAGUCGUUCUAAUGACAUAUCGGAUCAUAUAGGUAGUGCUGCAGUAGCAGUUACUAAUAGAGGUCUAGCUGUCUUUCGCUUUGAAAAAUGGACGUUAUCACAAAAAGCGGAACACUUUCAAAGAUUUCUCGAUCAGCCAGGUAGACACGACAAAUACGGUCUUGUGUCUAGCUGUAAAAUGUCUUCUUGGGGUGAUAUUCGCACGUGCAUGAAAGGACCAGACGAUAAUGAUGGCCUUUGGACAUCGAUGUAUUUGGCAAGUCAGGUCUUUCGUUAUGCAGUAAUACGAGAUUCAACGAUCAAAAUUCAAGCAUGGAAACAUUUUGAGGCCUUAGAAUUGCUCAAUCAAGUUUCAGGUAUUCUUGGCUACCCUGGUCGUUCAUUUGCAAAACGUACUGAUUUUCCUCCUACAAUUGACUGGUAUCCUUCUCCCAUUUAUUCGAAUCUACAAUUUAAAGGUGAUACAUCAUCAGACGAAAUUGUUGGCCAUGAAUUUAUCUAUCCACUUGUACAUGAUUUAUUAGCCGACAAUGACAGUGAGCGACAACGAGCUUACAUACUCACAUUUAACAUUACUAACCAUAUUUUAACUCAUGACUGGUAUUUAGUUGGUGAAAAUCACACGCAUACAACAUGGGGUAUUUGGAAUCCAAUUCAAGUGAACAAUGAUAGUUUUUACCAAGAAACUCGAGGUCUCAAUAGUCUUCAAAUAUUAGCUUUUCUAUUACAAACCUACGCUUAUAGUGGUGAUGAACGUUUUCUCGAUGGUGCCUAUCUUCUCACUGAAUCAUAUAAAUAUGAUGUCAACCUUAUCAAUGAAAAGACAAUUGCUGUUUGUGAUAAUAGCUAUUCCGAUGACGAACUAGCAUAUUUAUCAUAUUUUACAUUAGUUCAUGCAUUUCAUUCAGUUGCUUCAUCGACUAGUUUAUCACCAAAACAAAAAGAACAUGCACAAAAAUUGAUUGAUCACUUAUUAGAAUACAUGAAAGUUGGAUUAAAUCUAUCACAUAAAUACAAACAAAUGGAAAAAUCACCAUUCUAUAACUUUAUCUAUUGUUAUGUUAGUGGUCAAGUCAAUCAAACCCAAUAUCUAUUUAAAAAACAUAAUUUAUCAUCUGCAAAAUCUUCUGAUUUUGAUUGUUCUUCCUUAUCCAAGGAUGGCAUCUGGUAUAUGCAACGUUGGCCACUUGAACUUAUCAAUUGGCAACAAUUCAAUAGUGAUCGAUUAGAUGUUCAAAUCAACGUGCCAGCCUACUGCAAUUCGAGCCUAGCUUCAUUACAAAUGUUGCCACCCGAUGAACGAUCUUCUGAAAAAUGGAAUGGAAAUGUCUAUGAUUUAGAUGAUGGCACUGGUUUCAGCGAAGACGAUCCAGCUGCUUUCUUAUUAAGUUAUUGGGGAAUGCGUUAUUUCAAUUUAUUAGGAUAG